ACCUAGUGGCGCAUGAGAAAACUACCCAUAGUGCUGAAAAGCGUGCCUGUGCCGUGAAAAUCUCUACUUUUCUGCGAUAAAUAGUCAUUUCUUUGUUGAAUUUCGUGGUGAAAAGGACACUUUAGGAUCCAAUAGAGUGAUUUUGAGUGAAGUGUUACAGUUUUCUUCUAUCCUUCUCAUAGCAAUAAACGUUUUAAAUUGAUCGAGUGAAAGUGAGGUUAGAGUGCAUCUGACGCAUUGACAAAACAAACUCCCGGAAAAAAUGGAUAAAGUUGAAAAACUCUAUCAAAACUAUGAGAUUCUGUCUGGGGCUAGUGAUAAAAUCCUAGAGCAUGAGGAUUUGUACGUUGAGAUACUGGAUGCUGUCAAGGGGUCUUCCAAAGAGAAGAUUCUGGCAUCACAGUUCAUUGGGAAGUUCUUCAAACACUUCCCACAGCUUCAGGAACUGGCAAUAGAUCGUCAGUUGGAUCUGUGUGAAGACACUGAUCCCCAAAUACGACGACAAGCCAUCAAAGAUCUGCCUCAACUCUGCAAAGACACCAAGGAGAACAUCCCAAAGAUUGCUGACAGUUUGGCUCAGUUACUGCUUUUGGAUGGGACUGAGCUAGUUGUUGUGUAUUUUUCUCUUCAGACUCUGGCCAAGUACGACGCCAAGUUGACUCUCACGGGAAUUAUGAGUCAAAUUGUGACUGGAGAUGAGACCACCAGGGAAAAAUGUUUCAAGUUCAUCCAGCAGAAGUUCCGGAACUAUGGGCCAGAGGUUUAUACGAAAGAAAUUGAGGAGUAUUUAGUGGCAGAACUCAAGAAAAUCCUUCAGGACGUAACAUCCGACGAAUUCCACACAAUUAUGACCAUCCUGGGAAGCACAAAACUAGGAAAAACCAUUACUGGACAUGCGGAAUUAGUGAAUUUAGCUGUUGAACAGGCUGAACUUGGAGCUGAAAUUGAUCCAGUGACUCUAGAAGAUGAGACUAUUGAGCGAUUCAUCCAAUGUGCUACUCAUGCUCUUCCCUAUUUUUCUACUCAAAUAGAAUCAACGCCCUUUGUCAAGUUCAUCUGCGACAAACUCCUUCCCAUCAACACGUGGAGUGUUAUUUCAGCUGCUGAAGAUCAAUCUCAGGCUCACCUGAGGAUACUCAAAGUAUUUGCCGAAAUGUGCUCACACUGUGGCAUCCUGGACAACGGACCACAGCGCAUUGAGGCCAUUUUUACAGUACUGAUGGAAUUCCUUCCGCCGCCUCCAAUGGAUGACACCGAUGUCCUCAGUACCAGUCCGUCAUUCCAGUUUUCACACGUGGAGUGCCUCCUCUAUGCCCUUCAUACGCUCGGGAAGCAUGGCCUGGAAUUCCUAACAUUCCGCAAUGAUCCGGAAAAGCUGAAAGAUUUCAGGGCGAGGUUGCAAUACCUGGCACGUGGCACUCAAGGGUAUAUCAAGAGGCUACAGGAGUCAGUGAAAGACAAAAAGGAAGAUGCCAAUUCGGAGGAGAAGAAAAUCAAAGUUACAGCACUCAAGACAACUUCCAAUAUUAGUGCUCUGAUCAGGGAUCUUUUCCACUCGCCGCCGAGCUUCAAAACCAAGAUCACGCUCUCGUGGAUUGAGAAAAAGGAAGCUCAGAGGGGAGACGGAAAGCGUCAUGCUCCCAUAACAUUUGGUGAGAAACAAGGCGCUGGCGUUGGUGACUCCAAGAAGCCAAGAAGCAAUACAAAUGGCACACAGAAGGUGUAUACGCCACCUUCGGGGAAGUAUUCGGGGCGUAUGAGGAGCUACGGGGGUGGUGGCCCAGGUGGCCCAGGUGGACAGAGGCAGGGCAUGAUGGGGCGCAAUCGGCAGAAUCGCCUGGGGCCAGGAGGGGGAGGAAAGUGGAAGAAAUAGGGGAGAAUCUUUGGGAAGAGUAAAGCAAUCGACAGUGGAGGGAGAUUUUGGGAUGGGGGAGGAGGAUGUUGGUAGUGCUCUGGACAAGAGAGGGAGGCAAUCACAGAGAUGGACUAGCUGAGUGUUGUGUGUGAAGGAUAUUUAGGUCAGCGUACAAAGGAGAAAACUCUCUUCUUAUUUUUUUAAAAAAAAAAAACACCAAUAAGUUUAUGAUGGAUUUCUGCGCCGAGGUGAAUUUUUAUUGAAUGAAUUUGGAUAUUUUUGUAGAGAGAGGAUGCAGCAAAAAACUUUGUAUUUUGUUGCAGAGAUGUUGGAAUGCCGUGGAAAGUACACAAAAGAACUUUA